AGAUCUCCCGAAGGCAUAAGUAAUCCCAACGUCGGUGCUAGGGGAUCAUCGGGGGAGCAUUAAACUCUACCCUCUCGCUCGAUCCUACCUUAAGAUACGACGAUGAUUUUCUCCCUGGUGCUCACAACACUCCUGAUGCAGAAUGCUGUCGCGAAACCUACUCACGACAAACCCCGUCCGUGGGGUUUCUUCGUGAAUAACACCAUCCUUGAAACAGUUGACAAGGAGAGCGCUACCUACCCACGAUACGUUGAGCUCCGAGACGGCACCAUCAUCGCAACAACCUCUUUCGGGGGCCACAGUCCGGCCUACUUUCCCAUCUUCUCUAGCAAAGAUGGCGGCGCCAGCUGGGAGUAUAUCUCCAAUUUGACUGACCAGGUCAAUGGCUGGGGAAUGUCUGCUCAGCCAGCAUUGGCCGAACUCACAGAGCGCGUUGGAAAAUACCCAGCCGGCACCAUUCUAGGCGCGGGAAACAGUUGGAGUAACAACGGUACUAGAAUUGAUCUAUAUGCCAGCAGAGACAAAGCGCGGACCUGGGAAUUCGUCAGCCAUGUUGCUGAGGGUGGUCGACCGAAUACGACCAACGGCGCUACUCCGAUCUGGGAACCGUUCAUCUUACCAUAUAAUGGCUCUGUUGUAGUCUACUACUCUGACCAACGCGACCCUAAACAUGGUCAGAAACUGGCACAUCAGGUAUCGAAGGACAUGAAGCACUGGGACCCGCCCGUCGACGACGUCGCCUACGACUUAUACGAAGCGCGUCCGGGGAUGACGGUAAUUACAUACGUCCCUCCUAUCGACAAAUGGAUUCUCGUACACGAGCGACCCGUCGGCAAUUCGUCGUCGUACGGCUCCAACUACCCCGUAUACUACGUGACAGCGGACAAUCCGCUCGACUUCCGGCUAAGCAAAGGGCAGCCUAUCGUCGUGAACGACACGAUCGUGCCCAACGCUAGCCCCUACGUCGUCUGGAGCCCCAUGGGCGGGCCCAAUGGAACCAUCGUCGUCUCGGAUGCUGAUCGUAGACAGGUCUGGACUAACCGAGCUGGCGGAGACGUCGGUGCCUGGGAAGAACAUGCCACGCCGGCUGGCGCCGUCUAUAGCCGUGCCAUACAGAUCUUUAAAAAGCAUCCUGAUCAUUUGAUGAUAUACGGCGGGGAGACAUUUGAUGAUAUGGGUGCUGGCCUUCACACGCCAUUCUCGGCGACGGUGGUAAAUCUGAUGGAUAUUCUGAAGAAUCCACCUGAGUUAUAAGUAGAAUAUCAGAAGGGCUAUUCUGUUUAUCGGCCGCAAAGAUAUAAACAAUAAGUGUGAUUGGGAGAAAUUCGACGUCUUAUCCCUUCCACAAUAUCAAUUUAAUGAAGUCAACCGAGUGAUUUCACUUAUCUCAUUGCAAAACGUUGAUUGAAGUACCUAUUUAGUACCUAUCCCGGACCAAAUGCUAUUAACCUAGAGUCCUCGCCAUUUCCACGAGGUUUUGAUCACAGCUUUGGAAGCUUGGUGUGCCAUUCCACGCACACAGCCGUUGACUUCCCG